AUGCCGGGCCAGAGGUGCCACACGGACUGCCUGGAGCGCCCUCUCUCGCGCGCCUUGCGGGCCCUGGGCGCCUGCGUGGGCUCCUACCCGUGGCCCUUCCUCCUGCUGCCCAUGGUGGUGGCGGCCUCCUUGGGCUCGGGCUUCAUGUACCUCAAGGCCCGCGAAGCCAACGACAUCGAGGAGCAGUACACGCCGGUCAGGGGCCCCGCCAAGAGCGAGCGCCGCCUGGUCCAGAAGCACUUCCCCACCGACGACAGCCGGCGCUUCUCCGCCCAGAGGCUCAGCACCGAAGGCUCCUACGCCGCUAUCAUCGCCGUGGCCGCCCCGGGAAAGGACUCCAUCCUCACGCGGGAAGCCUUCGCGGAGCUGCUGGCGCUGGACGGGGCGGUGCGGGCGCUGCGGAGUAGCGCGGGGUUCUCCUUCGAGGAGGUCUGCGCCCGGAGCGGCCCCGCCGUGGACUGCACCAGCCCCAACCCGCUCCUGAGCGCCGUGCAAGGGAAUCCCGCCCGCAUCCAGACGCUGCUGCCAAUCCUGACUUUCCCGCUCUUCAUGGGCCGCUUCCCCCUGGGUCCCUUCCUGGGAGGCGUCGCCCUCCACCCCGGCGACCACCCCUCCCGCCCCGUCCGCGCCGCCAAGGCCCUGCGCCUCCUCUACUUCUUGCAGGAGGACCACGCCGGACCCAAGGAGCAGAGCCAGCGCUGGCUCCACGACUUCAUCGACAGCGCCCCACAGCUCCUCUACUCCUUGCAGCUCACCUCCAUCCGGGUAGCGUAUUUUACUUCAGUGUCCAGACAGGAAGAAUUUGAAAAAAUCUCCAAGGAUGUGAUCCCACUUGUCUCAAUCACAUAUUUUUUAACAAUAUUCUUUUCAAUUGUGUCGUGUUCAAGGAUGGACUGUGUGAGAACCAAAGUGUGGGUGGCAGCUUUUGGGGUACUGGCAGUAGGCUUAUCUGUCAUCAGUAGCUUUGGAUUGCUGAUGUUUUGUGGCGUGCCAUUUGUUAUCACAGCUGCAAACUCACCAUUCCUUAUACUGGGUGUUGGUGUAGAUGACAUGUUCAUCCUGGUGUCCUGUUGGCAACACACCAAAGUGGAAAAAAGCAUUAAAGAUCGGAUGGCUGACACCUAUGCGGAAGCAUCUGUGUCCGUUACUAUCACAACACUUACUGAUGUUUUAGCCUUCUAUAUAGGAAUUGGAAGUCCCUUCCCAUCAGUUCAGUCAUUUUGCAUCUAUACAGGAACCGCUUUUGUGUUCUGCUACAUUUACAACCUGACAUUCCUUGGGGCUGUUCUUGCUCUAAACGGUAGAAGAGAAGAAAGCAACAGGCAUUGGCUCACCUUUAUGAAAGUCAAUUGUGAGCAUCAGGAUUCUCAGGGUGUUCUAUAUAAUAUAUGCUGCGUAGGAGGAUCUUUUGAUGAGACCACAGGAACAGAGUUUGAACAUCCUAUGAAUGAAUUCUUCAGAAGCCAUUAUGGACCCUUUCUUAUGCACACCUGGACAAAGGUAGUAGUGGUUCUCCUGUAUCUCAUGUACAUGGGCGGUAGUUUUUAUGGGUGCACUCGAGUCAUAGAAGGUAUAAACGUGCGAAAUUUAGCUGUAGACUAUUCUUACGUUGUUCAGUAUUAUGACUGGAAUGAGGAAUAUUUUUCUGAAUAUGGUCCAAGGGUUAUGGUUGUUGUUACUGAAAGUGUAGAAUAUUGGAAUCCAUCCGUACGCACAGAUAUCGAGAAGUGCAUGGAAACUUUAGAAAGCUCAUCUGACAUAGACAAAACUUUAUCAGAGUCGUGGCUGAGAACUUAUGAAUCUGUUUCUAAACGCAUGUCCAUAAAUAUAAAUGACCAUACCAUAUUCAUUGGUAGUCUAUCUGACCUGUUUACAGUAAGUCCAGACUCUGAGUGGGACAUUAAUUCGAGUACUACAGAAAUAUUUGCUUCGCGGUUCUUCAUACAGACAGUCAAUAUUACCGAUGCAGUUCAUGAGAAACAUCUCUUAAAUGAAUUGAGAGGCCUUGCUGCAAACUGCAAGAUCGCACUGAUGGUUUACCAUCCAGCUUUUAUUUACUUUGAUCAGUACCUUGUAAUAGUUCCAAACACCAUUCAAAAUAUUCUGAUUGCUACCGGUGUCAUGUUAAUAGUUUCCUUGCUACUCAUUCCCAAUCCGCUCUGCUCUUUGUGGGUAACUUUUGCUAUUGCUUCUGUUAUUGUUGGUGUGACUGGCUUCAUGGCCAUUUGGAAUGUCAAUCUUGACUCCAUAUCUAUGAUCAACCUUGUUAUUUGCAUUGGGUUUUCGGUCGAUUUUUCUGCUCAUAUUUCUUACGCCUUUGUUGCCAGUGAGAAACCCAACGUAAAUGAUAAGGCAGUAGACGCUGUAUACCUGCUUGGUUAUCCAAUUGUGCAGGGAGCUGCUUCCACCCUUGUGGGAGUGCUUGUUCUCUCUCUGUCACGCACAUACAUCUUCAGAACAUUUUUUAAGAUAAUGUCUCUGGUUAUCAUAUUUGGGGCAAUUCAUGGUCUCAUUUUUAUUCCUGUGUUUUUAACCUUUUUUGGUUUUUGUGCUGGUUUGUAAAUGAGAGCUACGAAAGUUAGAAUCACCACCAAGUCAUAAAAUGUUGAAAGACCUCAUGUUGUAGAUGCAAACAUUAUGCAGUUGCCUCCUGUCAGUGUGGAAAAAUAAACCACAAACACCACAAAUUAUAUUCACGGCUGGAAAUCAUCACAGCCAGCAAAUGCAUUUGUGGAAAGAGGAUGUGACACAGAAAAGAAAUGCAGUUUGGUCGUAGUUGUGCCAGCUGGUGAUGCCAACUUGAGCAAAGUAGGUGUGUGUUUGAGAAAUCAGAAU